GGUCUUUCUGUCGAAAAAGAUUGUGGACCUACUGGACACUCCUGUCAUUAUCAAGGAAUGUAAGAGACUGAUUAUAAAAAGUGAAACACAAGGCAAAGCUUGGAACCAAGUAAAAACGUUAAGUGCUGGAUGUUUAGCAAAAGCACUUUCCCAGAAACACUGUUCUGAUGAGAAUGAAAUGAAUGAUGCAGUUUAUGUCUUUUUGCCUUUCAUAUUGUGCCCCAAGAGUAAUAUAGAUGUGAAAAUUGCAAAGACAAUUUUGAAGUCAGAAUAUGGUAGGGGUGUUCCACUUUUGAAUGCCAUUGCCUGUUAUAUGAGUGUUGUGAUUAGUGAUGAAAAUAUUGAAAGAAAAGAAUACUGUAGCAGAAUAUGGCAAAUACUACCAAAAGUUGUACAUAAUAUGUCUGCUAGUGACAGUUGCGUAUGGGAGCUAAUUAGGAAGCAGUUAAAACAAGAGAAUAAUCUUAUGCAUCAGUUCAUAUCUUUGGUACUACUCUAUUUUGGAUUAACAGAUAAAAAGAUGGACAAAGGUUUACUUCUGAAGUUAGCCCAUUUGGCCAUGGAUUUUUCUUUGAUGAGCAUGGAAAACUUCAAGAAUGUGUCAUGCAGUAGUUUGUCAAUGGAGAAAAAGGUGACCUACAAUGACUUCAAGAACUAUCGUGACAAUGUAUCCUCAGGAACUAUCCCCGCUAACUUUCUGGCAAUAUGCAUACUACGGGCAGUUAAAACCUUUUCAUUGCCAAAUAAAUUGUUGAAGACUAAUUAUUGGAUGCCAGAUAUGGAGGGUCAAGAUCUAAGUGAAGGACAUCUGCUACUGCUGCUGAAAGCAACCAAAGGAGCAUUUGAAAUUGAACAGUUUGGGUCAGCAGGAAUUAAAAUAAGGAACAGAAUUAUGGCUUGUGUUCUCAAGGAUUGCUUGAAGAACAUUGAAAUGCAGUACAACUUCUUAGCCAUGAUAUGGGGAUGGCAGUCGUUUCUCCCUCAGUCAGACAUUGUUGAUAAACCUCUUAUGGCUUGGUGCUUGAAUCUUGGAUCAUCUCUCUUAGAUAUCAGGAAGGAAAUUUAGCUUGGAUGCUGAAUUCAGCUUUCCCAUUAGUACCAUCCCUGGUGUUAGGGAUUACAAACUCCAGUGUUGGGGUGAGAAAAGGAGCUUUAAUGGUCAUGGGAAAGAUUGCUGCUA